AUGGGUUACAUCGAGGGCUUCACUACUCAAACAGCAAAGGCACCAUAUGAUAAUGUAGACGGAAAAGGAAACUUUUGGGUUCCGCAUCCCGAUCUCCUGACAGCCCUCGCCCAGACCCCGAAAGUCCAGAUAUCGUCGAACCGUGGGGAUAUCCAAGGCGGCAUCAAAUGUUUGGACCGAUUUUGUGACUGUCAUAAGUAUAUUCAGGUCCAGGCGUCUAUGCUUGUGGUAGGCGUACUCUACUAUUUGUAA